CUCUUUUAGAUUGUUUAGUGACCUCCAGUUUCUCCUAUCGCUGGCCACCAGAUAUACUCCAUGUCUAAGAUUCUUGUACCACACCAUCUGCGUCCCAUUCCUGUCAGGGCUGAAAGUGAUUCAGUAUCGAGUGAUACUACCGGUUCUUCGCUGCUGAAAAGACAUCAAUAUGAGGGCCCUUUACCGGUCCCAGUAAAAAUUCCUCAAAAUUUCCAGCUAAAAUCGGCAAAACAUGAAGCAAAAACAACAGAAUCUUGUCAGGAAGAGACAGAAGUUCAGACGGAAUCUCCAAGUGUCAAAAAAUUGGUUGAACUGACCCAAAGCAGAAUAAAUUCUAAAGUUGAUGAAGCAACGAAAGCACCAAUUGAAUUCAUGGACACGAAGCGAGAUAUAAAGCAAGCUCGAGUCAACCCCUUGUACAAGCGUACACAAGACAGGAAGAAUGUAAAAAAAGUGGAAGACACAGAUGUCGCGAAAGCGAAAUCUCCCAAGAAAACGUCAGUGUUACGCAAAAAGUUUGAACCAGAAGUAGUUAAAGCAAGUACAGAAGAGACAGAGACGAAGGAAGAAAGAAGCACGAUUGACCAUACACCAUUAAGGUCAGUUAGAGAGGAAAGGUCUAAGUUUAACCGAGGAGUUGAAAGAACAAUUUUAGUAGAAGAAUGAGGCGGCGUAUAGGGGCGUAGUUGUAUUAUGGACAUAAAUAAAAAGAUUAAGAAUUAACAUGA